CCAUCCACGCGCGGUCCGCACUCGGGACUCUUCGAGUCAUUCUCGGGUGGUCGAGUUUUGCAUGUGUCGAUAGCCAUCAGAAGCGGAGAGUAGUCAAAUGUCCAAACAUAAAAGUAUAUAAUAAGAAGACACUGCAUGUAAACUAAACCCGAGAAUUAGUUUUAAUGCCUCCAAUCUGCGACCACUGCAAUGAUUCAGGAACUUAACUGCACUAAGACAUGUCAAAUUUUAAUAUUUAGUGGCUUGUUAGCAGGUGUUUGUUACACCGGUGAUAAAAUCGUUUUCAGCGUUGCUACCUCUGAUAUGUUGCGGCGUGCAGCAGCUGACAGCGCUAUACAUGGGCUUAUUGGUCUCCUGUCUUGGGCAGUUGUGGUGUCUCCAGGUCUGAAGUUUGAUACCUGGCUGUCUUGUGGACUGUGUGGACUCUUAGCAUGUUCCGUUGACAUUGACCAUUUUAUAGCAUCAAGAUCUCUUAAUCUAAAGGGUGCCCUGAACCUAAAGAACCGCCCAUUUUUUCACUCUACCACCUUGCUGUUGAUUGUAACUGUGAUGAUAUGGCUGAUGGCAUCAAUCCUGAAAUCCAUCAAGUUAAAGAAGCUAACACUGAUCUACGCUACUUCUUGGCUUACCCAUCAUCUUAGGGAUGCAGUUCGCCGUGGACUCUGGUUCCCUCCACUAGGUAGCUCUCCUCCUGUUCCAGAAGUUUUACAUGUUAGUGGUACUGUUGUCCUUGCAUUAUGCAUGCAUUUAUUUUAUUCUUUUUAUUUUCAAAAGCUGGCGACUGAUAACCUUCUAGUAAUUAAAGGUGAUAAUGUGUGAUAUUUUGGAUUUUUACCAUGCUUCUACAUUAGUAUAAUUUUGUACAUGGAAUUGCAGUUGGAGCUGGCCAAUUUUUGUACAUGUUUCAUGUACAGCUUUAAUGUUCUAAAUGGAAAAUAAGUGAAAAUUUGGAAAUACUUUCACAUCUUUGUUUUUAAAGAUAAUCUAACAUAUCAAAGAGAGCAGAACAUAGCUAGGUCACCAGUAGGUUUUGUUUACUUCAGGUCUCAUUGCAACAUUUUUGUGCAUUAUUGGGUUAAGUAUUGAAAGGUAUGCUGUGCAUCAUCUUUGUUUCACACAACUGCUAGUCCAGAAUUAUAAGGAAUUAUGUGCA